GAGCUCGAUUGGUGACACCUAGUGGUUCCGGUGCCGCGCUGGCCGUUCAUUCUGGGAGAUGCGGUGACGGGUACUGGGUCUGGGCUUCGGGGGCGGCAGUCAUGGCUAACGUGUAUUCCCUGGACGGGCUGUUGGUGUUCGGUUUGCUUUUCGUAUGCACCUGCGCUUAUUUCCGGAAAGUGCCUCGGCUGAAAGUCUGGUUACUCUCGGAGAAAAGAGGGGUAUGGGGUGUAUUCUACAAAGCGGCAGUGAUUGGCACAAGACUCCAUGCAGCAGUGGCAAUAUCCUGUGUUGUCAUGGCAUUUUAUGUCCUUUUUAUAAAAUGAAUUACAGUUUACCAGAUGGACACCAUUUUUCAAACAAAGAUGCUAAAGAAGGCAUACCCCUUUUGCUUGAGAGACUAUAUCUCAUAAAG